AUGCUAAAGUAUCAAGUACGAUCGAGAAAAGUGUACACCAAAUAUCAAGGUAAAACAAGUCGAAGCAGUAGUCUCAGUACUUCAUCGCAUUCCUUUGAUAAGCCAUCGUCAUCAUCAUCAUCAUUAGAAGAGACAAUUCAUAUUUGCGAUCGGUCCAACUCUUUGAGUUCUCUAAGUUCCGUAGAUAGCAGUGAUGCUAGCGAAUGGGGUACACUGCGCAUUUAUACUGGCGAUAUCAAAGAGGGCACUGAUUAUAAAACAUUAAAAAUUUCAACCAAUCAUACAGUGAAAAAUAUUGUUGAUACUAUUCUGACGAAAUUCCGAAUAUGCAAAGAUCCGAAUUUGUUCGAAAUUAUAAUGGAAGUUUGGACUCGCUAUAAUGGAGAACAGGUGAAAACACCGCUACUGCUACCUCAGGAAGCGCGACCACUCGAACUGCAACGUUGCCAUCCUGUGCACAUGUCACGAUUCCUGAUAACAAUGUCGACAAAUGGUGUCUUAGUACGGAUAUAUGAUUAUUUACUCUCUUCAGAGAGUACCUACAAAUCGUUGUUUAUCUCUCCACGAACAACUUGUUAUGAAGCAAUCGUUAUGUUGCUUACAAUGAACCAACAGCCUGGACCACCAACUGAUUUUCGAUUAUACCUAUCGGAGACAGGCAACGAUCUGAAUAUGAACGAUACCUUGGCCGAUCUGUACUUAGUAUUACCUAAAGAUCAAAAAAUCAUAAUUAGAUCUGUCUCCUAA